AUGCACUUAAUUCAGGAGUCGCUUGAAUUCAUUGACAAGCAGUUGGCAGCUUAUAUCGCUGACAAGGUGGAUGCAGCUCAAAUGCCUCAGGAAGCCCAGAAAAUCCAAUCAGAUUUGACAAGUCAUGAGAUCAGUUUAGAGGAAAUGAAGAAACAUAACCAGGGGAAGGAUGCCAACCAAAGAGUUCUUUCACAAAUUGAUGUUGCACAGAAAAAAUUACAAGAUGUAUCCAUGAAAUUUCGAUUAUUCCAAAAACCAGCCAAUUUUGAACAACGUCUAGAGGAAAGUAAGAUGAUUUUAGAUGAAGUAAAGAUGCACUUGCCUGCACUGGAAACAAAGAGUGUUGAACAGGAAGUAGUACAGUCACAACUAAGUCAUUGUGUGUAUAGUAGCAUCGUUAUUUUCAAGGUUACAAAUUACCUGAGAGAAAUUAAAGACAAUCAGCUUUGA